AUGGGGGGCCACCUCACGAAGCUUCAAUGUUGCCCUACCAGCGACGGAGCUGCCGCCGCCGUUCUUGUUUCUCAGGCGUUCCUCGAUCAGAGACCUGAAUUGAAAUCUCAAGCCAUCCUGAUUGCGGGUCAAGGCUCAGCAACCGACAGCCCUGAUCUGUUCGCCGGAAGCCUCGAGUCUGCCGCUGGGAGCAGUAUUACCAAAGCUGCAGUGAAAACUGCCCUAGAUCAGGCUGGCCUGAAAUCUGUGCACGAAAUCAAAGUGUGCGAGCUGCACGACUGCUUCGCACCCGCUGAAAUGCUCGCACUUGAAUCACUGGGGUUCGCAGAGAAAGGAAAGGCGUUUGAGUAUGUCCGCCGAGGAGAUAUCACCUAUGGUGGCAAAACGGUAGUCAACCCGUCUGGAGGUUUGCUUUCCAAAGGGCACCCCCUGGGAGCAACUGGAUUGGCACAAUGCGCAGAGCUCGUGUGGCAGCUGCGCGGCUGGGCUAACAACAGACUGGUCGAAGGCGCACGUGCUGCCCUGAGCCACAACGUCGGAAUGGGUGGAUUUGGUGUGGUCACUGUGUACAAGAGAGCAGACGGGAAGCCGGCCACAGUUGUGGAUAGCGCUGAUGUUGCCCGUCUUUCUGGGGUAGGGUAUAACCCAGCCGUUGAGGCCAGAGGCUUCACUGAGGCUCAGGCCUCACUGGUCAGAUCCAAGACUUCGCGAUGUGAUUGGGCUAUAGACGAAAGCCAAAAGAAGGUGGAGUCUCACUUCUAG